ACUCUGAACUCUUCACACACAUUGUAGUGAACAUCCUGGCCACAUACUAACACUGGCUGUGGACCUCUGCAGGUUGAAUACUCGGGAGAGGACACUUUUGCUACAACCAGAGCAGUAAACGUGCAUCAGAAUCAAGAUGGACACUGCUCAGGAACGCAAGCCAAAAAGGCCCCACUACAUUCCCCGACCGCCAGGCAAGCCCUUCAAGUACCAUUGUUUCCAGUGUCCUUUCACCUGCAACGAAAAGUCACAUCUCUUCAACCAUAUGAAAUACAACUUGUGUAAAAACUCCAUCUCCCUGAUGUCGCAGAAAAACGGGCAAACAGCCAGACAGGUCAAGGCUGCAGCAAAGGGAAGCCCUGUAAAAUCUAAGGAUUGUCCCAGCCCCCUGCCGGCAGUUCAUACCAAUAGUCCUGAGAAACAGGGAGCUGAGAACAAAGCUGAGAGCAGAGAUGACUUGGAAGAAGUAGACGUUGGGUGUGACAGUCCAGUCAGUAAGGAAAGCCAGAUUAUGACAAAACCAAAUACAGUUAUAGAGAGUGAGAACAAGGAGAGCAAUGAUGCCAAGUCUCUGCCGCGCCCAUCUGCCUUCUCCCCUGUCACACCCAACCGAGAUGGAACAGAAACCCUCAAGUCAUCUGUGCCGCAGUCAGAGGAUUCGCAAGCUCCUGCACCCACUUUCAACCACCCAAGCUUCCCAUGGGGCACGAUUUCAUCAUCCAUUCCUUUAAAACCAUUCCCCCCUCCCAUAGUUCCUGAAUACUCUCCUUACCUCUUGCCUGACCGGCCCCUGUAUCCACCAUACUACCUCCCAGGAAACCACCAUGCCAAUGAGCCAAACUCUCCUUCUCUCCGGCCAGAGUUUCUGGAUCCCCAGAGGCCAGUGGUCCCACAACCUAUUGCCCCGCCUCACACCUCCCUAUUUCCCCCAUACCCAUACAGAUACUGCCACCCUCUUCACCCAGGACACCCUUUGCAUUAUAGCCUGUAUAGACCCCAUGAGCUCUCCAUGCCGAUUACAGGACCAAGAUAUCAUCCUUUGGAUUUGUACAGCUCAACCUUUGGGCCUAAGGAAUAUGAUUUGUACAUGCAUUCCCGUCCAAGUAUCAGUAGCAUCAACAUAACUGCACAAGAGGAGAGCAACAACAGGCAAAGUGGAGACAAGGCAACCAGGCUGAGCCCAAAAGAGGGCUGUUCGGCCUUGGGGUCCCCUGACAGACCGAGUCAUGCACACAUCAUCCAGAGAGAUGCAGAAACCCCACACUACACCAACCUGGGUGAGCCUCAGCCCACUCCACAAGUAGGACACACACCUACAUCCGUUCAACCCACCAAAACUGACUCAAGCUUGCUGCAGUUAAGAACUCUGGAUGAGGAUGGAGGAUCAGCUGAGAACAGCAGAUAUUCCUCCAUGUGUGCUUCUGAGCCAUGUCCUGAAGCUACAUCGGAACAAGAUGAUGAGGACAACAGAGAAGAUCUGGCUCCCCUCAACCUCUCCACAAGAAACCAGGACAAAGAAAAAGGUCCAUCUGACCACAGACUGCGGUGCUCAGACACAGAGGAAUUAAAGGGGGAAGAGUUGCCUCUGAACCUCAGCCUUCGCGCUUCUCAUGUUAGCUCUGCCCUCAGCACUUCAGAGAAUCUUCAGCAGAGACCAGGCACAGAGCUGAAUGAAGAACCAUGUGACCAAAGGCAGACUGCGGCACUGGCACUCUGUCAGCUAGCCACUGCAAGCUCUGCUGCCUCUUCGUGUCACUUCAGCACUGCAGACACAGUCUCAGAGGAUUCCACAAACACUACAAGUCCUGGCUCUCCACAGAAGACCAAACACACAACCAAGGCUAAGGCAAAGGGCAUAAAAAGAGCAAACAGUGGCCAGGCUGAAAACAACUGCCAUAAACCAAACAAGAGAGCAAAGGUGCCAGGAAGGGCUGCUAGGAGAAGGCCUCGUUGCUGCUAACAACUUAACUCUGACUGGUAUAAUAUUUGGAAAUGAGGACAGAAUAUCUCUACUUCUACAUGACAAGAUCAACUUAUUGAACAUCUAUGUUAAAAUGUUAAUCAA